AUGAGUGGGAUCAGAAAGAAGAAGUCUAAGCAGAAAACACUGCAAAAUCUGAAAUGCGCACUACAGGGGCUUUUACAGGCCCCGAACAGACCUUCCAGUGCCAGCACAGUGCCCGUGCAGCGACAAACCAAAACUCCAGACACCAAUGUUAAACAACAGCAGCCAUCGGAAGAAGCUGAUUCCCCGUCACUUCCAGAGUCGGCAGGAAUAGUGUAUGUCAUGUCCAAAGAGGCGCAACUGAUCCCCAAACUCACCGACGAACAGGUCUUGGAGCGGCACAAACGAGCUGACGAAAACAUGCGUCGCGCCUGGUCUCAUCUGAUCCAGAAAUACGAGGCUCUGCAGGAUCAGGGCGACGUGGUGGAUCUAACCACGGGCGAAAUAAUAGAGGAUAACGGCCACGUCAGAAGCCUAAGCGGACGCGAUGGCCCUGGCUCCUGCUCCAGCGAUCCAAACUACGUCAGCGUACUAAGUGACCUUAUCGAGAUCGAUAAAACCACUACCAACAUAUGGAAAGAGAGCGACAACGAGAGCGACAACGAGAGUGAGAGCGAGAGUGGAAGUGAAAGCGAUAGCGAUAGAGAUACGGCUGCGAAAACUUCACAAACUACAGAACCGGGCUAA